CAUUGUAAAAGCUAAAGCCCCCAAAAAAACCUUGAAAAAUCUCCCAAUCUCCUUUCCUUGUCACUUUGUUUCUCCCUCUAAACCCUUCGCUCUCUUCUUCUCUUUCCAGACUACACGCCAUGGCCAAGCAUUGGGUAUACUUGUACGACGUCGUAAGAUCGUAAAAAUAUUGCUCUCUGGUUUUGAUUCUAAACGCUGUUCAGAUCCAGCUUCAAGACUCUUAUCGCUAUAACCAGCGAGGAUUUUGUUAGUGAUGAGAGAGGGCUUGCGAUCCAGCGCCAAAUUGUUGGCGAAAACUGACGAUGGUGAGUCGUCGCCUUGCCAAGCAACCGUUAAAAUGGAGGUAGACAGUACUGAAGAAAGGGGCUUCAACUCGGCUGCUGAGAGCACCCCAAAAUUGGUUGCUUCUUGGACUGAAAAAGAUAUAUUAGUUUCUGCCCCAAAAGAAGAAACAGAGAUGAAUCAGAUUGAUGGGUCAAGAUAUGAGGAAUGUGGUGCUGGGAGUGAUACUGAUGAGGAUAACGUUGUGAAGUGUGCUAAUAGUAGGAGGAAAAGAACUAGAAUAGAUCAUCAGGGAGAGAGUAAAGAUGAUAGUGUCAAAAGACAGAAGGUGAAGGAUGAGCCUAUUGAUGGUAAAUUGCAGGUUGUUGGUACGGUUCUGCGGUCAAGGUCUGGGCAAAAAACUGAGAGGGGACAAAGUAAUGGUGGUUUUGUUGGGAAAAAGACCACAAGGAGAGGUGCGUUUGAGGAGAAGCGGGUCAAUGUGGAAAAAGAAGAGAGUGGUCAUUUUGUUGGCAGGUACGGUUAUCAUUUAGGUAACAUGAAGAGGAAAAAAUUAGUGCGCAAACGGGGGAGGCCUCCCAAGUCUCUGAAGAGUGAGUUUCAACUAAAAUGGGGUGAUGUGGUGAGGGAAGAGAUUGAACAAUCUGCUGAUCGAGAGAGUGUAAAAAAGCUAAAGCGUAAGCGCGGGCGGCCUCCCAAGUCAUCAAAGAAUCAUGAGUCUCAGAAAAAGUGGGGUGACUUGGAAAAGGAAGGGAUUGGUUUGUCUGCUAGUCAAGUGAGCAAUCAGAAGCCUAGGCGCGGGAGACCGCCCAAGUCUCAGGGGAGUGAUCUGUUUGAGAAGAAAAAGGUUGAGGAAGAGGUUAAUCAAUCUGCUGGCAAAGAGAGUGAUCAGCCUGAAGGGAGGAAAAACAUAAAGCCUAAGCGUGGGAGGUUUCCCAAGGCUCAGGAGAAUGAUGAGUAUGAGAAAAAGAGGGAUGAGAUGGAAAAGGAAAGGAUUGAUUUAUCUGCUAGUCAUCAGACGGAGAAUGAAGAGAUUGAAAAAUUAAAUUCUAGUCGUGGGAGACUGUCCAAGGCUCUGGGGAGUGAUCUGUCUAAUAAGAAAGGGGCUGAGGUGGAGGAGGAAGAGUGUGAUCAAUCUGCUGGCGAAAUGAGUGAUCAGCCAAAUAAUGAAUGGAGGGAAAACUCGAAGCAUAAGCAUGGGAGACCACCAAAGGCUCAGAAGAAUGAUGGAUCAGUAAUGAAAAUGUUUGACAUGGGAAAUGAAGAAACUGAUCAACCUGCUUGUAAAGAGGGUGAUGAAUCUUAUGGAGAAGUGAGGAAGAAGCUGAAGCCUAAUCGUGGGAGACCUCCCAAGGUGAAUAAGGGUAAAAUGAUGCAUGCACUGAGGAAAAACAAAUCAGUAAAACACAACAUACAUGUUAUGAACCACAAUGUUGGGAAUAAUAGUUCAUUGGCAGGAAAGGGACUUGGGAACGAAUACAACAUGAGAUUACUGCGAGCUAGGAAGAUUACCUGCAGCAAUGAUGAGAAGGAAGGAGGGGAAACUAAACAGAACGUAGGGGAAAUGGGACACGGUAGAUCACUGAGGCAGGCAGUGAGAGAUAAAAUUGUGGAAUUGCUUUUGGGUGCUGGCUGGGAGAUUCAAUAUAGGCCAAGGAAUGGUAGAGAAUACAAGGAUGCAGUGUAUGUUAAUCCUGAAGGAAGGACUCACUGGUCCAUCACCUUGGCUUAUCGGGUGCUUAAGAAGCAUUAUGAAGAUGGAAAAGGUGAUUCAAAUACCUGUAAGUCUGAUUUCAAAUUUACUCCAAUUCCAGAUGAGGAACUUAGCAUACUUACUAAAGUAAUGAAGAAGGUACGAUCAGACAAAAAUAAGAAGAAAAGGAAAUGGAGCCAAGAGAAGGGUGAGAAAGAAACUGAAGUAGUUACUAGAAGGAAAAAGUGGAAACUGUGCAAAAGAAAACUGGGUGCUGUGGCCGGUGUCAACUCUAAGAAGUUGAAGGGAAGAACAAAACUGAGAUCCUUGCAUUGCAGACAGAACGAUUUAGCCUGUACAACGGGCCAGGAAACAGCAGUGUCUGUCAGAGGUCGGAAGCGACUUGAAACACAUGGUAGAAAGCGAUGUGCUCUGAUGGUUCGAAAUUCUCAAGAGGGCAAAGAGUCUGAAAGUGAUGGCUAUAUGCUGUAUAGUGGGAAGCGAACUGUGCUUGCCUGGAUGAUUGAUCUGGGCACUGUCCGGCUAGAUGAGAAGGUGCAUUGCUUGAAACAGAGGAAAACACGAGCUGUGAUGAAGGGUAGGAUUACAACAGAUGGCAUUCGUUGUGACUGCUGUAGUAAAAUUUUUACAAUUGCAGAAUUUGAGGCUCAUUCAGGUGGCAAAUUCAGUCAGCCAUUCAAAAAUAUAUAUUUAGAGACUGGAUCUUCACUCCUGCAGUGCCAGCUAGAUUCAUGGCUUAAACAAGAUGAUUCUUCUCGUGAAGGGUUCCAUUUCAUUGAUAUUGAUGGUGAAGAUCCUAAUGACGAUACAUGUGGGAUUUGUGGAGAUGGUGGGGACCUGAUUUGUUGUGAUGGUUGCCCAUCAACAUUCCAUCAAAGCUGCCUAGAGAUAAAAAAGUUCCCCUCCGGGCUCUGGCGUUGCUUAUAUUGUUUGUGCAAAUUUUGUGGCAUGGCUGGUGGGAAUACAUUUCAGAGAGAGAAUGAUAAUGCUUCUUCAUUACAUGCAUUACUUACAUGUCGUUUCUGUGAGGAGAAAUAUCACCAAUCCUGUGCUUUGGUGAAGGAUGCUAUAAGUGAUGAUUGUGAUAGUUCGGCCUUUUGUGGGAAGAAAUGCCAAGAGUUAUACAAGAGACUGCAGAUACUUUUUGGGGUAAAACAUGAACUGGAUGAAGGAUUUUCAUGGACUUUUGUUCGUCGAUUUGAUGUUGGCCCUGAUAUUUCUCUCAUUGAGCCUCAUAAAGUUGAAUGCAACUCAAAGUUGGCUGUUGCAUUGCAUAUAAUGGAUGAGUGCUUUUUGCCCAUGGUUGACCAUAGAAGUGGCGUCAAUCUGAUUCGCAAUAUUGUCUAUAAUUUUCGGUCCAAUUUUCACCGAUUGAACUAUAGUGGUUUCUUCACUGCAAUCCUAGAGAGGGGGGAUGACCUAAUUGCUGCUGCAUCAAUUAGGAUUCAUGGGAAUCAUUUAGCAGAGAUGCCAUUCAUCGGGACCCGCUACACCUAUAGACGUCAAGGAAUGUGUCGCCGACUUCUGACUGCAAUUGAAAUGGCUCUAUGCUCUUUAGAUGUUGAGAAAUUGGUCAUACCAGCUGUCUCGGAGCUAAGGGAAACAUGGACUUCAGUGUUUGGUUUCAAGCCCAUUGAAGACUCGAGCAAGAAAAUAUUGAGGAACAUGAAUAUGAUGGUGUUCCCUGGUGUUGAUAUGUUACAGAAACCAUUACUGAAGCAUCAGUUUCCUGAAGAAAAUAUGAAUCCAGUACAAGGAUUGAAGCCCGCCGAGCUCAGGGAACUUCAUACCACGGAAGAUGCGACAAGUAGUUUUGUCGAGAGAUCUUCAGCUAGAUUUGAUUUGAAAGGUUCCAGUGAGACCAAUGUACCUUUUGUUGGUGAUGUAAUUGGUGAAUGUGCCGCUGCUGAAUCUGGUCUACUUUCUGAUGGGUGCUUGAAUGAGCCAUCUGAUCUCACAAUUCAGGACAAGAGUAAAAUAAAAUGCAAUGAUAAUUUUGGUAUGAUUUCUGAUAAUCUGGAUGAGAGAGAUGAAAAUGUUGUGUCCCCUCUCGAUUCUUCAUGUGAUGCUAAUGAACAAGUGGCAAAGAUUACUGGACAACAGAAUCAUCCGUCUGCUUCCAUUAUUCUGCCCUCUGACAAUGCAUCAAAAAAAGAACUGCAUGUGCAAUCAAACCAGCAUAUUGCAUCAGAGGUAGAAUGUACAUUGCCUGCGGUAUCUCAUAUUGGAUCUGAAUCUGCUAAUUGUUUAGGAGAAUCUCCACAUGCUUCAAGUGGUGAUAUUGAAACGGUUUCUUGUGAAGUGAAAAUAGAAGCUAGCAAUGUUGAACAGAAUCCUGGCUCUGUUGGAGAGGAUUCUGUGCAUGCCACUGCUGAAAUCAUUAGUUCUCAAUUCCCAGACUUGGCUUCUGAGCAUGGAGUAAAAGUUUCAAAAGAGAAUGCUGUUCUCCACGAGUCCAAGACUAGUAAUAUCUCGUAUGAUGUUGUCAAGUCAAUAUCCUCCGAAGCUCACCAAAGAGUACAAGAUGUGUUGAAUGGGCAUUCUGCUGUAUUGCCUCUUGAACAAAAUUUCAGUUCUCUCUGUCAAAGCAAUGGGCCUGAUAACCAUGAAUCAAAACUUUCCCUUGCUAUGGAUAAUUCCAAUUGCAAUGAUCUUUGUCAUGUGGUGGCCUCUGAUAUCAGUGGGGAACCCAAUUUGCAUGGGUUCACGAGUAAUGCACUUUGCAUGUCUACUGAAGUUGCAUCAAGCUCUUGUGGAGAUGGUGUCUAUGACCUGAAAGAUGUGUAUGCCAAAACUCAAAAUGAUGCCCUUACUGUUGAUGGGGGUUUAGCUUCUGAUAAGGCUCAUAUGAAUACCAAAUUGUUAAAGCCCUCAGGUUCUGAUUUAGAGCUUGAUCAUGCUAGUAGUUCGAGCUCUGCUUCUGGUGUUGCUCUUCACUGUGCCUCUGGCGGGAGCAAUUCAUGUGGUGCACCUGAGGUGAUAAUUCUAUCAAACCAGGCUAAUUGAUUUCUGUUUAAUUCUUUUUGCAGUAGAAAUCAGGUGUUCUUUGGACAACUGGCACCAAUAGAUUUUCUAGACUUUUCAUUAAGCAGAGUUUGUCGUGUCUUGGGAUGCCAGCAUAGCACUUGAACAUUUCAUUAAGUGGUGGUGAUAGCCUCUGCCGGUUUUCGUCAACAAAUUUGUCAUUUUGGCAAUCUAAUCUCAAGAGUGUAGGGAUUUUUUUUUUCCCCUGUUGUCUUCCCCUUUGUUAUGUACAGUUUCAAAGAUCAGCAUUAGUGAAGUAGUGUAGUUUAGCAUGAUGUGAAAUCUAGACGCAAUCGAGGGCUGUGAAUUUUGGACCUCUCUUAUGCUUAUUAUUGUAAAUAGAACAAGUCAUUGUCGAAUUAAUGAAAAUAUUCAUUUCUUUUC